GGCGGGAUGUCUGGGUGAAGAAAAAAGCUACAGGCAUCUGUAAGUCUGAAUGUGCAUUGACGUUAAGAACCAAUAUAGUAAUCGGUGUCUUUCUAUUACAAUAUUUGUUUCGACAGCAACACAUAGGUUGAUGCUAUAUAGCUACAGCGUUUUUUUGCAUGCAUAAAACGUCUAGUCCGAGUCUCUUUUGAAGAAUCACCAGAAAACGAAGGAUUUACCACACGUUACACCGGCAAAGAUUUUGCAAUCCAGAAAGGUUGCAUAUAAACCUUGCGUUUCUGAUAUGUACCUCGUGGUGUAUGGGCUAGACACAUCGCGAUUUAUAUCCAGAUGAUGAAAUCAGGAGGUGGCUAUUUUCUAGUCAGAGAUGGAUUUAAAAACAGCUACAUCAACGAUGGAGGCAUUGGUUCGUAUCAGUUCUAACAUGAAGAGCCUGGAGCAGGAGUUGCAUUGCAGUGUUUGUAAGGACAUAGUCAAACAGCCUGUGGUGCUGCCAUGCCAGCACAGCGUCUGCCUCAUGUGUGCCUCAGAAGUGUUGGUGGCAAAUGGCUAUCCGCCUCCAGAUCUUCCCCCAGAGCCGAACUCCCCCGCCUCUACCCCCAACACCCGCUCACCGCGUCAGCUCCGACGGCCAACACCUAAAGCUGAGCAGCGACCUAUUGACCGUGUGCUGCGCUCAGGUCCCCACCCGCCUUCGCCAUCCAUGCCCCGGUCUCCGGGCUAUGGCACGUAUCAAGGGAGACGGCGUAAGGAGGGCCCACCCCUGGUGAUGAUGUUCCCCUGCAUCCCCUGCGGCCAAGAUGUAGAGCUGGGAGAGAAGGGCCUUACUGAUUGUCUACGCAACCUCACUUUGGAGCGCAUAGUGGAGAGGUAUAGACACACAGUGAGUCUGGGCAGUGUGGCUAUCAUGUGCCAGUUUUGUAAGCCUCCUCAAACUCUGGAGGCCACCAAGGGGUGCGCUGACUGCAGGUCCAAUUUCUGUAACGAGUGUUUCAAGCUGUAUCACCCGUGGGGGACACCACGGGCCCAACAUGAACAUAUCCCGCCUACACUCAACUUCCGACCCAAGGUUCUAACCUGUCCAGAGCACGACCAGGAGAAACUGCAGUUCUACUGUCGGUCCUGUCAGCGGCUGCUCUGCCCGCUCUGCAAACUGCGCCGCAUCCACACCGGACACAAAAUCCUGCCAGUUGCCCACGCAUACCAAGCCCUAAAGGAGAAGAUUACAAAGGAGAUGAACUACAUUCUGUCCAACCAGGAUACAGUGCUGGCUCAGAUUACCCAGCUGGAGAGCUCCAUCACUCAGACUGAGGUAAACAGUGUGUCAGCCAGAGAGCAGCUGGCUCAGAGCAUCAGGGAUCUGACGGCCGCUCUGGCCGAGCGCCACUCUUCACUCACUCAGGCUCUGGAGGCCACACGGAAGAAACGAGGCGAGGCAUUGUCUGCCCAAGUGGCGGAGCGACGCGGAUUAAUGGAACACGCAGGGCUCAUGGCGUUUACCCAGGAGCUGCUGAAAGAAACAGACCAGCCCUGCUUUGUACAGGCUGCACGCCAGACCCACAACAGGUUCAGCAAAGCAAUCGAGAAUCUCCAGCAUUUCACUCUGGCUGCUGAUCCAUCCUUCAGACACUUCCAGCUGGACGUCACCAAAGAACUCAAACUCCUGACAGAUUUAAACUUUAUCCAGGCUCCACUGGCUCCAGUGAUUGACACCCAGCACACCCUGGCCUAUGACCAGCUCUUCCUCUGCUGGCGACUGCCCCAAGAAUCUGCACCCGCCUGGCACUACUCUGUGGAGUAUCGUCGUCGGGGUGUGGUACCAGGGGGAGCCUCUAGAGGCGGAAUCAGGGGCGGAUUGGCCGCCGCCCGCUGGGGCUGGCAGCGAUUGGAUGAAGUGAGUGGGACGAGCGCUGUUAUUGACAGGCUGGAAAUGGACAGUGUGUACGUGCUGCGGGUGAGAGGCUGCAACAAGGCGGGCUAUGGGGAGUACAGCGAGGAGGUGUACCUGCACACCCCUCCUGCACCAGUGCUCAACUUCUAUCUGGACUCUCGCUGGGGUCUCCAUGCCGACCGGCUGGUAGUCAGUAAAGAGCAGCGCUGUGCUCGCAGCGUCCCUGGUCUCUCUCUCUUGCAGGCCGCUGACCACGCCCUCACUUCCUGUCACCUGACCUCAGACCUCUUGGUGGGAGAUGUGGCUAUCACACAGGGACGACACUACUGGGCAUGCUCAGUGGAGCCUGGGUCUUACCUAGUGAAGGUGGGAGUCGGUCUGGAGUCUAAGCUGCAGGAGUGGUUUCACCUUCCUCAAGACAUGGCCAGUCCCCGCUACGACCCUGAUAGUGGUCAUGACAGUGGAGCAGAGGAUGCUCUCGACUCUGCUCCACCCUUCUGCUUCCUCACAAUGGGGAUGGGUAAGAUCUACCUGCCCCAGCACAACAACCACCCCCACCACCAUCACAGUAGCCAUGGGAUCGGUAACCGAGAUUCCAUCACCAACGGCAACGGCCCCUCUUCACCAACGGGCGUCACCUACCCACUGCCGCCCCGGCUCGGCGUGUGCCUUGACUUCGAGAAGGGCCGAGUCACCUUCUACGAUGCCCACUCUCUUCGACCUCUGUGGGAAGGUCACGUGGAUUGCUCCGGCCCUGUUUGCCCUGCUUUCUGUUUCAUUGGUGGAGGGGCUCUGCAGCUGCAGGAGCUGGUAGCUAAUCGAAACGCAGAUCAGACUCCGGUCAGGAGGGUAACCAUACAGGCCCGUGGUUCUAAUUUAAAUAACAACUGAUGGCGGACAAAAGGUCAAAUGGUAGUUUGGAAUGUAACGGUAAUUGUGAAGUAUUUAUUCAGCUAGAGCGAAAAGUUAGACAUCUCAGCGAUUUUUGUUUUGUAUUUAAUUUACUUUGUAUAAGAAAAAUGUUUCUAUAGCAACAAAUAUGCAAUGUAAUUAAGUUUCUUACAUUUUUGUUAAAUACAUUUUUGCAAGAGGUAAUGCUUAAGUAAUGUUUGGUAUAUCCAGCACAUUAUAUGUAGUUAUACCUUUGAUGCUUGCUGUUGUAGACAGGCUAAAUGCUUACAUUUAAAAGCUUAUGUAGAUACAGCACCCCACAAUGUUGUCCUUACUGUAGAUGCUUUUACUUUGUUGUUUCAUGCCUUUAAUGUUAAAAGCUUAAAAACUCUUUCUUUUAGGUAUAUGAACCCUAUGCGAGAAAAAAAGCCUUGUCUAUUUUGUUGCAUCUUAUGGUAAACAUGGGUUUAAACACACAUAUUUCUUUGUUGUCAAUCACCCAUUAUGAUCCCAACCAAAGUUGUUGUUUUACUGGGAUGUAAGUGUGGCGAAUUAGAGAUAGAGAGAAACAAUGGAGCAAUACUGUAAUUAGAAGCUCCAAUUAUACCUCUGCUGCACAGUUAAUCACCAGUUUCCACUGUUCUGCUUGUACAUUGCUGUUUUGUUUUUCAAAUACAUUAGUCUGAUGUGUGUGUGUGUGUGUGUGUGUGUGUGUGUGUGUGUGUGUGUGUGUGUGUGUGUGUGUGUGUGUGUGUGUGUGUGUGUGUGUGUGUGUUUGCUUCCGAAUGUGCAUGGGUGCGUGUGUGGUUUGACUGAUAACAGCACUGAUUAAUUUGCCGACAGUAAAAAGUUGUUUUCCCGCAAACAAGGCUUUUUUUUUGGUGUUUAUCUUGCUUGAUUGUAAGUUAAUGAGCAGAGCUUCUUAUGAAACUAUUAGCAAAAUAAACUUCAGCUGCUGGCAGAUUAUUUGCAAAAGAAAAAUGGAUUAAGA